AUGAUGGCUGUGAGAGCUCCUCUGGGGUUUAGUCCUUCGACGAACCCGUUGUUCUCCCCAUUUUCGCCCUUUACAGACCAUCCGGAUUCGCCUCGACCUCGGGCAGCGGCGAACUCUGGUCUCCCCAUGUCUCCUGCUGCUUCUGCUACCGAGAAGAGCAACACCACAACUGAAAAUCAGCUUAAACCUCCACCGGCCAACUAUAUUACUUCGCCCCAAGAUCCCGUGGCACCUUCGCCGGUUGCCUCGGACGUGACCAACUUUGAGGACGUGGAUGAAGAAGUGGAAGAGGAGGGCACAGAACGAGGUUCGGUGAUCGCAGGUCCUACAGCAUUCAAUGACGCGCAGAGACCACCUGUCGCAUCUCCAUUGAGGGAGGCUCUCCAAAAUAUUACAACUCCACUGCGGGUCGAAACAGGUCCUACUCUGGACGAACAGUUCCGCGCGAGACUGGAAGAAGAGAAGGAGCCUCAAUCUGUUAUCCAUAUACCAACAGGCUUUGGCAAAUUUCCGAGCCAGGAGGGCUCUCAGUCGUACCCCGAGAAGAAUCAGGUCGAGCCACAAGAAACCAUUGCUGAAGAGUCUCUGGCAGAAGAGACCAAGGACGCCGAAAGAUCGAGAGCAGAUUCAACGGAUUCCAAGGCUUCAGGAUCUACCGUCACAAAACCGCCGGUCACUAGAGCAGGUACCAAGACCCAUGAAGCUCCGAUGCCUCCAACGCCGCUACAAACCUCUCUUCCUUCGCUCCCUCUACACGACUGGUCGCGCACCCCCAGAGCACAGACAAGACAGGACCUCAGCUCCCUCAGCCGUCCUGGCUCUAGUCUUGCCAGCAUUCUCGAGGGCGAUGACACUGACCACCCCAGCACCGAUGAGACCGGAGAUGAAAGUCAAUUCGGCCAGCGGAUAUUACGUGACGCCGAAGCUGAAAUCAGUGCCCUCCGCAAUGCCUUGUCCGAGUGUUGGACGUUGUGCAACACAUUAGCCAGCCUGAGCCACAUUCACCGGGAGAGAAUCUUCAACUUUUCUGGCCGUGGCGAUAUGCAGGAGCAAGCGUGGAAAUCCUGCUGGAAGCUGUGUCAGAAUCUGUACGACACCAGAGACAAUCAUUCGUCGCAAAGUUUCUCUCACAACUCGUCUCGACCAACGCUCGAUCUCUGUCGCGACUUCUGCCAGGCGCUGUUUGAGGUCCGCGUGCGGGAUAACGAAACAGCCGACUCGGUCCUCCGUGUCAGCUUUGAAUUGAACAAUCAUCUGUUCAAUACCCAUGAUCGCAGUCUGCCCGAGGCAUUCCGGGAGAGAACGUUAGAUUUCUACAUUACCCUUUGCCACCGACUGAUGAAGCAGAAGUCCAAGAUGGCUGACGAGACGGAUUCCCUUCUUCGUGCUUGUUGGUCUUUGGCGGAGAUGCUGUUUAGUCUCAGGCAAAACAGGCGAGAAGGGAAGAGGCCCGAUAGAGAGCUCCUUGGCUCAGCGAUCCAAGCAUGCUGGGAACUGUGCGACCUGUUCCGAGAAGGCUGGACGCAGAUUCGUCCUGAACGAGGAACCCCACGUCCCAGUCAAACGACCUUCACCCAAGCGUUCAAUCAGGCCAAACGGUCUGGGUUCGCUCCGUUAGACGAGAACGGCAACCCAAGAGCACUCCCUGAGACGCCGACUACGAUUUUCGAGGACACGGUUACCACCAUCUCACCGGACGAAGCUCCAGUUCCCAAUAUUCUCGUCCUUGGGGCCGAAGAAGCAUCCAGAAUGUCUUCGGCCUCUUCAACUUCCUCCACUCCCGCGCCUAAUCAAAGCAGACAACUGUCACCUAACCCACCGACUCAGCGUAAUCCGCAUUCUGCAAACCCUGGAGCGACUUCAGCAACUAAUCACAGAUGGUCGACAACCUCGUCCGUUUUUUCUCUUCCUGCAUCGGCCACUUCGGAAGGGGGACCAAAUCCCAUGUCCGCAACCACCGUGUCGACUGUACGUACACCAGCUGAGGAUCCGACUCUCAUCCUUCUCAAGACGUUGUUUGUGAAGGCUGCCCAGGCCACUGGCCGAGGCUACACGCGGGCGUCGGCAGACCCUAAUUUGAACUCCCUGCCAAACUUCGCCCGGAACUUGCCCGACACCGCCUUUGGCACCUUAGCGUGGCAAGUAUCGCUCUUGGAUAAUUAUCGUAAGACCAUCGCAAAUGACAGCACGUUUCGAAAUCUGGGCGUCGCCGGGACCAUUGCUGAACAGGGCCGAAUCAAUGCCGUUGAACUCGCCCGAGCCAUUCGAGGGAUGACCAGCUGCGUGUAUGGCUUUGGGUGGCUCCGAGAUUUGUACCGCUUCGUGUUUGGGUAUUAUAUCGAGGAGGCACUCAAAGGAGGCGGCUCCCAUGCUAGCGCAGCUCGCAGGGCAAAUCGACAAAGCGGACCGGCAGCAAGUCUUGCCGCUGCUGUCAUGAACAACUCCUCAGCGUCCGGGGUUGGGAAUGGAGCAACGUCUGCAGCAAGUAAUAACGGAGCAUCCAAAGGUGGAGGAAAUGGGAAUGGCAAUGGACUUGCUCACGGGCGGAGGCCAGGGAGUCAGUGA